AUGCACGGAAUGACAGGAAUGGCGGGCAUGGAGCCCAACAGCACUUGCGUCACAGAGAUGCUGUGGAAUUGGCGUGUCGAAGACGCCUGCUUCCUCUCCGAAUCAUGGCACGUGACCAACAACGGCAUGAUGGCCGCAAGCUGCAUCGGCGCAGCUCUCCUAGUCGUCUGCCUCGAAUUCCUGCGAAGAGUCAGCCACGAAUACGAUGCUUUACUCCUGCGCCAAUUCCAGCGCCAACUGAACGCACAACGGGCGGCUCUCGCUGCUGCGACACCCACCAACUGCUGCGACGGCCCCACCUCGACUCUCGGUCUCCAACACGCUACCUUCCGCGCCACGGCACUGCAACAACUUGUUCGCGCUUCAAUUCACGGCUUGACUCUCGGUCUUGCGUACAUCAUCAUGUUGCUGGUCAUGCACUUCAACGGAUAUAUUUUCAUCUCCAUCAUACUGGGUGCUGUGCUGGGCAAGUUCCUAUGCGACUGGAUGGUGGUCAGGAUACCAUAUGGUCAGGUCGAUGAGAAGGACACAAGACGCUCUUCUAUCGAAGCGGCAGGGCCGACUGGUUGCUGUGCGUAG